AGUCCUUGUUGUUCUGGAGUUACGAUGGCCGAGGAUGCAAACCUGCGGAUCUCGGAGGUCAGAGACCCGGCGGUCCUCUUCGAGCGCUACAACAUCGAGGAGAUCCGCCGGGUCGAGCGCAGAGUCCGCGGGGAGAUCGAGCAGAAGAAGGAGGAGCUGCGGCAGAUGGUGGGGGAGCGGUACCGGGACCUGAUCGACGCCGCGGACACCAUCGGGGAGAUGCGGCGCUGCUCGGAGAGCGUCGUCCGGUCCGUCCAGGACAUGCAGCACUACUGCCGCCUGCUGAAGCUGGGCCGAGCCGCUGGAACAGACAGCGGGCCGGAGAGCCAGAGGCAGUGGCAGGAGAAGUUCUACACCAUGGCCUCUCAGAUCAAGCUUCUCCUGGAGAUCCCAGAGUGUAUCUGGAGUGCCAUGGAGGCAUCUCACUACCUCCAAGCCACGCAGCUCUACCUGCUGUGCUGCCACCUGCACGUUCUUCUGCACCUGGAGGCAGCUACAGCCGGCCACUACAACCCCGUCCUCGCCCGCUUUCCUAUCCUGGUCCGGCAGGUCGCCACCACCGGACACUUCAGGUCAGCCAUUCUGCUGGAUAGCAGGUCUCUGCUGAGGGGCCGGGCGGUGUCGGACCACGCCAUCGCUGAGGCCCUGGUGUCCACCAUGCUGCUGGAGGACAGCUCACCACGCCAGGCCCUGGCUGACUUCCUGCUGGCCCGGAAAUCCUCCAUCCAUCAGCUGCUGAACCAACCACAGCACGGAGCUGGGAUCAAGGCCCAGGUGUGCAGCCUGGUGGAGCUGCUGGUCACCACUCUGUUCCAGGCAUACGCCGUCUUCUACCUGCCCCCAGAAGGAGGCCUGAGGACUGGGGAGGGAGCUCUGAGCUUUGGCAUGCUCUUCUCCAUCCUGAAGAACGUCACCUCCACCACCCCUGCAGCUAAAGGCAGGAAGGUGUUCCAGGAAGAGGUCAGUGCAGGCGGCUGGUUCCGGUACCUGCCUCCGUCCGUCACUGAGUUCCAGCCGACGCUUCGGACCCUGGCUCAGCCAAUCCAGAGAGAGCAGCUCCGUGACACCCUGCAGCAGUGGAUCCAUACCUGUAAGGAGGACAUCUGCCGUGGUGUUGGCAGCCUCCUGGUCUAUGUGAAGAGCCUGAAGGGGUUAGCUUCCAUCAGAGAUGGUGUGUGGGACCUUCUGUCCUCCGACUCCAUCAGUCAACACUGGAGCACCGUGUGUCAGCUUCUGCUAGAGCGCCCCCUGGCUGUCUGGGAGGACUUCCUGCAGCAACUCUUCCUUCAGCGCCUGCAGGCCAUCACCAAAGAGGAGAGUGAAGCCAUCUCAGUGAGCUCUGUCCAGCUCUUCAUCUCUACUGUGAAGGAUCUCGAGGGCCAGACGGUCUCUUCUUCUUCCGUGAACAACCCUGGAUCCGGCCGUGGGGCCCAGUAUGAGGUAGACGUAGCGUCCUACCUGUGGUUGGAGUCUCCAGGGGACCUGCUGAGCGAUGCAGGGUGGGUCAGUGUGAGCCAGAGGGGACAGCAGCAGCAGAGGAGUGGUCUGGCCAUGAAGACCCAGGCCUUGACACCUUGUGUGCAGAACUUCUGCUCUGUCCUGGACACCAAGCUGAAGGCCAGGCUGGACGACCUCCAGCAUUACCUUCCCUCCCAGGACACAGGAUCUGACUCCAUCUCAGGUUCCUCCUGUGGACCUGCUGAAGGCUCCUCGGCGUCCUCCUUUAAGCGCUUCACAGACUCUCCAGCGGUGGAGGAGGCGUUACGUGAAGGCUGCCAGGCCUGUGUUCGCCACAUCCUGUCCUCCAUCCGCUCCCAGCUGAAUGCCAUCUCAGACUCCAGCCUCGGUUCGGUCCUGUUCAUGGCCCGGCUCUGCCAGUCUAUGGGCGAACUCUGCCCCAACCUGAGGCAAUGCAUCCUGGGAAAACAGAGCGCAUCCGAGGCCAAAGGGAUCCACAGACUGGGCAAGAAGCUCGGCAAAGCCAGAGCCGCCACAGAGGUCAGCCCCGCCCAGGCCAGGUGGGCAGGGCUUAAGGAGGAGCUGCUGGACUGCAGCAUGGAGGCCUACCGCCUAUGGAGCUCCGCCCUCUCCAAAGUGCUGCUGGAUGAGUUUGGUGCAGCGCUACAGGCCGAGUCUGCUGGAGAAAUUCUAACAACAAUAACCAACUGGGAAGAUCUGGAGAUCCAGGAGGAGGCUGAGUCAGGGAGCAGCGUCACAUCCCGAAUCCGUCUUCCAGUCCAGCCGUCCUGGUUUGUGCAGUCGUUGCUGUUCCAGCUGUGUGUGGAGGUGAACAGGGUCGGUGGCCACGCCCUGCCCAGGCCGACUCUACAGGAGCUGCUGCAGACCUGUUUAAGCCAGGUCCUGGACCACUACCACAGCCUCACACAGCAGGCCGGCCGCCGGGAGGGUUUAUUCCCCAUGACUCAGAACAGAGCCUUGCAGCUGCUGUUUGAUCUUCGUUACCUAAAUACCACGCUGGGCAGCAGACCUGAGGAUGGCAAAACCUCCCAAUCCCUCCAGAACCCCAGAUUCCACGAGGUCUGUGAUUGGCUGGAGAGCUUCAUCGACCCCUUUGACCUGGACGUGUUCACACCUCCACUGAACGCCAACCUGAACCGCCUGUCCCAGAGGACAUCGGUUUUGCUGGGGCUGCUGACUGGCUCAGAGAAGCAGUUCGUGUUACGGAGCAGCGGUCUGAACUCCCAGGAGCCGUUCAACAUCCUGCCUCUGGCCAGCAGCCAGAUCAGGUUUGGGUUGCUGCCUCUCAGCAUGUCCAACGUACGGCGAUCCAAGUCCUCCAGGAGCUCAGAGGUUCCUCACCAGUUGUGUUUCUGAGUGAACGAGAACCAGACUCCUCAGUCCUCAGCAGACGACGGCUUCCGGCCAGGCAGCCUCUUCAGACAGCUGGCCGAUCAGGACGAAGACUCAGCAGCACCUUCUUUAUUCAAGCUCAGCUGGCUGUCUGGCAUGGCCAAAUAACUCUCCACACUUUUCAUUUGCCUUUGCAGAAACAAACAGUAAAUAUCAUUUUGUCUUUUGAGAAACA